CCGGCUGCCCUGAGAGAGAGAAACUGUCGCGACAAGGUGAGACUGGAAGACUUGCGGCGCUCGAUGGAGGCCCCCAAGAUCAAGUCUGCGAGCAGCCAGCAGGCUCAGCUAGAGCAGUUGAAGCGACUGCAAGCUCAGCGGUCAUCAGAAGUCACGCUACAGGAGGAAGAGGAGGAUGAGCAUGACAUCGUUGAUGGGACACCGGCACGGGCUCAGGAGGAUGCUGAGCCUGAGGAGGAAAGGGAGCAAGCUGCGAUACAAGACACGACGGCAGGCUUGCGACAGAUGCUGAGUCACGAGGCAGUCCUGAAGGAUCACUCAAAGACCAUCUCAGCACUUGACAUUGAUCCUUCCGGCAACAGAGUCGUCUCUGGCUCGUACGACUAUGAGAUCAAGCUCUGGGACUUUGGCGGCAUGAACGUCUCCCUGCGGCCAUUUCGCUCAUUUGAGUCUGCCGGCUCGUAUCAGAUCCAUGAUCUUGCUUGGUCACAUACCGGCAAGUCCUUUCUCGUUGCCAACGGGACCUCCCAGCCAAAGAUAUACGACCGCGACGGAGUUGAACUGAUGACAUUCGAAAAGGGCGACAUGUACAUCCGAGACCUGCGGAACACUGCUGGCCACGUCGCGGAAAUCUCAUCGAUAGCGUGGCAUCCUACAAAUCCAGACAUCUUCCUCACUGCUUCUGGCGAUAGCACGCUGAGAAUCUGGGAUGUCAACAAGCGAUUAAAGUCAAAGAGUGUCAUCGUCGUCAAGAGCAAAGAUCGAGGCGCGCGAACAAAAGUGACGGCAUGCGCAUGGUCACCGCCUCCGUCUGAGCCGGCAGGCGCGCUCGAUGACGACGGCCAACCCAAGACUGCUUCUGCACCCGGCGGGAAACUCAUCUUCGCCGCCGGCUUAGAUGGCAGCUUGCAUUAUUGGAAUGCCUCUGGCAACUUUGCUCGGCCGAAUGGGUCGAUCGAGGGGGCCCACACCAAAGACGUAGAGACGACGAGCAUCGUAGCCCAUCCGGAUGGGCGCAAGCUCUUUACGCGCUCGCUAGAGGGUACAGUCAAGUGCUGGGAUUUGCGUGCGUUCAAGAAGCCACUGAAAGUGAUCGACGGCUUGCCUGCACUGAACGCAGAGACCAACAUGUGUCUUUCCCCCGAUGGACGGUACCUCUUGACGGGUACAGCAGGCAGCAAGGCAGCUGUCGUACCUGGCAAAGAGAGCGAUCCUCUGGUUGGUGGAGCAGAGAAAGGCCGACUCGUUAUGAUCGACACGGAAUCGCUCGAGAUUGCUCACUCUAUAGAUGUAUCCGAAGGCAGCGUUGUGCGCGUUGCCUGGCAUCCUCGCAUCAAUCAGAUCUUUGCUGGCACGUCGCUCGGGACGAUACAUGUCUUUUACGAUCCUCAGCUUUCUCAGCGGGGUGCAGUACUGUCACUCGGUCGCGCAGCACGCAAGAGAGCCGUGGAGGACGUCUUCAUGCCUCAGGGUGUCGGUCAGAUCGUCGCGCCCGACACGUUGCCCAUGUACAAAGAGGACCUCAACCGCGGUCCUGGCAAGAGGCGCAAGGAGAAGGACCGUAUGGACGGUGUCAAGACAUUCCGUCCUCUGCCGCCCAUGUCCGGUCCUGGCAAAGGAGGUCGCGUGGGAUCGGCUGCGACUGCGCAUGUCGUUGCUGGACUCGUCAGAGACAACACGCGUGAAGAAGACGUCAGUCACCUCGUGCAUGCUCGUCCCUGUGCUCAUGCAACGGACAGCCGCGCGCAGCACUACUGGCUUAUGACGCGGCAGCCAAGGCCGAUCCAGUCUAUACAGCUGGUAAGCGCGCCGAGAAUCUCAUGAAACGCGCUGGCUGACGUCCGAUGGCAGCUUGGAGCAAGACGCAACCCAAGACACUCUACUCUGCACCGGAGCCAGACCCUGAGCCGACGGACAAGUGAGCCGAGCGUGUACUGUUGUACCUCUAUAUUGUACUUGACGCCACCCGA